AUGUCAAAGAUACAAAAGAAAGGUGCGAAAUUGAACUCCUCAGGCCUGGCUUUCGGAGGUAUUGAUUCGGCACAGUGCAGCGGAACCCUACCUUGCCAUCGUUGUCUGACAAAAGAUUUGGCUUGCCAUGUCGGAGAUGAUCGACGCAUGAGGCCGCAUCAACAAGAAAAAGAAGCCAAGAUAGCAUUGCUGCAUCAGAUUCUGAAUGUCAUGCGAGAAGGAUCGACUGCGGAGCAGGAAACAGUGAUCAGAUUGAUGAAGGAAAGCAAGGACGAAACCGAGUUGUUUUCCCAUUUCAACAUUGCUGAAACAGGCGGUGGCGCAGACAUGGACAGUGACAGCGAGGACAGUUCUGAGGACAAAGAAAGUCAGCCCUUUGAGUAUUCCAGGGACUCAAACACACAGCGGGAUACGGCAAUUCCUGUCCAAUCCCUAUUGAACUAG